UUCACCAGGAAUGUCUCUCUGUUGAAGUGCUUGCUUUGUUCUCUUCCAGUCAUGGCUCUGAAGAGGGACGGGACCCUUUGCAGCAGAGUUUGCCAGACCGGGUUGCGUAUGUCGUCGGCUUCCUCAAGAAACGUUGCAAGCACAAAUCUACAGCACAGAACUUGGUAUCUGAAGAGAAGCUUCUAGCAGCGGAGGAGUUGGAGCUAGCCAAGGUGGUCAUGCUGCUGUUUUACUAUGCUUCCAUGAGUGAUAAGAUUCCCAGAGAAUGGACCACGGUUGAGUAUGAUCUCCAGGCGGAGAUGGCUAAGUCGCUGAACUUCAUGUUGUACAACGAAGAUUGCCUCGGUGAGAAUCUGGAGACCUUCCUUCAAAAGAAAAUGCCACAAUCAUCCAGUAUCUCCAGCACCAGCUCGGAGGAGACCACCCCACCAAGGCGAGAGGUACACUUCUUGAAGCUGCAGAAGGUCGCCUCUUCAUCCGGCUUGAAUAAGUAAGUUAUUGAUGAGCUGUUUCCCAGGA